AUGGCGCGAUUAUCGUGUACGAUAUGGGCAUUAAUACUCAACAGUUUAAGAAUAUCGAUUUUUCAAACGUGCUUUGCUGACGCUUUGGAAGACGAAUUUGGUUAUCCUCUGAUAUCAAGUCCACCAAUUACCACUUUCUUAUUUGCGACAAGUGUCUACGUUAUCGUCAUCAAUUCCACGAUUUUUCCACCAUCGUUCCGAGAACCGAAACCUGUUAUUAUGUGUUUGUAUGAGUUUCUAGUAACUGCGUUCUUCCUGGAAUUUGCAAUCGCAUGUAUAUGGGCACCAAUAGACGUAUUCGUCUUAAGCACACUACCAAAGAAAAUUUGUCCAAUACUCAGUCGGUUAAAAUUGGGAAAUGCAGUUGAAAUGCUCAUUACGAUCAAAUCACUUAUGCCGAUUCUCAUAAAUGGAAUAGCGACAAUGAUUUUUCUGAUUACUCUACACGUUACAAGAACUGUCGAUUUCAAAGAUUUAACGGAUAAUGGAGUGAUAUAUUUUCUGUCGCAUUCGGGAACAAAAUUUUGGCAACGUAUACGGAGCGAAGUUCCAGAAGUAAAGAACAGCAAGGAAAAUAAAUACAACAAUCGCAAAAAUGGCCGUAAAAAAAAUCGUGUAAACUAUCGCCAGAGGUAG